AUAUCGUGUAUAGAAAAUCUAGCCAACCUUGGAACUCCGCUAGUCACGUCACCGAUAACUCCCGAAGCCUGGAAGCUUCUCAGCCGCUUACCUUCAUUGCACCGCAUCUCCACCACCAACUCUCAACAAGAACAAUCUUUAAUCUUGGAUGGAGCAACAAUGGUAAACCCCGAGCUGCGCCGCCAGGUCAUCAACGUCUACAAAGAGCUUCUGUUCUUAGGACGGGAAUAUCCUCUGGGUUACCAGUAUUUCCGGGAUCGACUACACCGUGCUUUUGCAAGCCAGAAACAGAUCACCGACGAUGAACAGAUCCGCAAGGGAAUAGCGAGGGCUGAGUUUGUGAAGAAAGGUAAGUUCUGUCUGUAUUGCUGGGACGCCUAUCCCUCGGAAGUGGAAGCGCUUGAAAAAAAAACCAGGUACUAUUUGAAGCGGUACCGAACACUGAAAAAGCGAUAUGGAAGUGAGGCCUGA